GGUCCCCCUCACCAGCAGAGUCCUCUGUCGUCCUGCCGCAGCUGCUGCACUCAAACGUAACGUGAUUCCUCUGUUUCUCUGCAGCCCUGCCCCGUCUUAAAAAGGCCUGCAACUACCUCAACCCAAAAAUAACUGCUCCUGGAAGCGGUGCUGGGGCAACCUCCCGGCUUCAGACCGCUAAUUUAACCCAAUUAAGACGAGCGGAGAGCCGAGGAAAGCUACGUUUGGUGGUUUUGAAAGAAAGUCACGUCGCUUUCGGCAUGUCUCUCCACGGCAUUUGGCCCCCAUGUAGCAUAUUUUCUCAGGUCUGAGAAAAAGACGCCACGAUGGGCAACGAGGACACCCUCGAGGAUGUGUUUGUUGCUGUGCUUCGUCCGAAGAAUCAAGUCAGCCUGAGCUCGAAAGAAUACAGAGCCAAAGCCUAUGAGAUCCUUUUAAAAGAAGUGCCUUUAGAGGGGAAGGAGAAGAAAAGAAAGAAAGUCCUUCUGGCAACAAAGCUCAAAGCAGGAGGAGACAAAUCCAAAUCCAUAUUGGAUUAUGUUGAUGAAACGAUCAAACCGCUCUCCAGUAACCAAAGCUGCGCUGGAAAGCGUGUGGUGCACAUGAAGAAAUUUAUUCUUGAAGGUGACAAUGAAGGGAAAGAAGCCUCACUUUUUGUUGUACCAGUCAGUGUUAAAGACAACAGCAAGCCUGUCCACAGCCCCGGGAGCCCCAGCUUUUACUGCUUCCACGACAUAAUGCGGGUGUGCAGUGAGACCAGCACUCACUUCUGCUCCGUCACCUCCAAGAUGCUCCUGGCUUUAGACAAAUGGUUAGCAGAGCAGCACACUGUGCCUCAUGCCAUCCCUGCUUUAUUCAGACCAGCACCCGUGGAGCGGGUGAAGACCAACGUAAGCAAUCCGGCUUACAGCAGCGAGGGCAAACUGAGUGAUGAGGGUCUGCACAUGGGCUACACUGCUCUGGAGAUCAAGAGCAAGAUGAUGUCCCUGGAGAAGGCUGACAUGUGCAUCCUGAAUCCACUCUACGGCUCAGAUCUGCAGUACACCAACAGGGUGGACAAAGUUAUCAUCAACCCAUACUUUGGGCUUGGGGCACCAGACUAUUCCAAGAUCCAGAUCCCCAAGAGGGAGAAAUGGCAGCAUGGACCCAACUGUGUGACAGAAGACAAGGAUCACCAGUGGGUGGACGACUUUCCUCUCCACCGCAGCGCCCUGGAAGGAGACACUGAGCUGAUCUCUAAGCUUCUGGACAGCGGUUUCUCAGUCAAGCAGCUGGACAACGAUCACUGGGCUCCCAUACACUAUGCCUGCUGGCACGGUAAAGUUGAGGCAACCAAGCUGCUGCUGGAGAAGGGUAACUGUAAUCCCAACCUGCUGAACGGCCAGCUCAGCUCCCCCCUGCACUUUGCAGCCCGAGGAGGCCACGCAGAGAUCGUCCAACUGCUGCUGCAGCACCCUGAGAUCGACCGGCACAUAGAAGACCAGCAGAAGAGAUCGCCGCUCCAAGUGUGCGAGGAGAACAAACAGAACGAGUGGGAGGAGACUGUGAAACUUCUGCAGCAAGCCAACAGCAAACCAUACGAGAAGGUGCGCAUCUACCGCAUGGAUGGCUCGUAUCGCUCCGUAGAGCUCAAGCAUGGCAACAACACAACUGUGCAGCAGAUCAUGGAGGGGAUGCGUCUGUCUCAGGAGACCCAGCAAUACUUCACCAUCUGGAUCUGCUCAGAGAACCUCCACCUGCAGCUGAAGCCGUACCACAAACCCCUGCAGCACCUCCGGAUCUGGACUGAGAUUGUGACAGAUCUCACAGUGCUGGAUCCUCAAAGGGAAACGCCACAGCUCUUCCUCCGCAGGGAUGUCCGACUGCCCCUUGAAAUUGAGAAAAAGGUGGAGGAUCCCCUGGCCAUCCUUAUCCUGUUUGACGAGGCCCGGCACUGCCUUCUCAAGGGCUUCUUCCCUGCUCCAGACAACAAGCUGAUCACACUGGCCAGCCUCCUCCUGCAAAUCAUCUAUGGCAACUAUGAGAGUAAGAAGCACAAGCAAGGGUUCCUCAAUGAGGAAAACCUCAAAUCAAUCGUGCCGAUAUCCAAGGUGAAAAGCAAAGCAUACCACUGGACCAACAGGAUUCUUCAUGAGUAUAAAGCUCUGAGCACCAGCGAGGGGGUCAGUAAAGAGAUGCACCACCUGCAGCGGCUCUUCUUGCAGAACUGCUGGGACAUCCCGACCUACGGAGCAGCUUUCUUCACAGGCCAGGUCUACACCAAGGCCAGCGCAAGCAACCACAAAGUCAUCCGUGUCUACGUGGGGGUGAACACAAAGGGACUGCAUCUCAUGAACAUGGAAACUAAGGUCCUUCUCAUCAGUUUAGAGUAUAGCACGUUUAUAUGGCAGCUUGGACAUGCAGACCAGUAUUUCCAGAUACACAGUGGUGACAACAAAAUGAACUUCAUCGUGCACACAAAACAGGCUGGCCUUAUUGUGAAGCUCUUAAUGAAACUGAGUGGGCAGAUAACUCCAAAUGAGAAAGGCAUCACAGACAAAUACGCCUAUGGCUGAAAACUGUUGAAGAAACCACCUGCCAAAAAAAUUCCCAGUUCGGGUUGUUUGUUCCGACCAUCAUCUGACUGCAGUAACUCUGGAAAGCCUCUCCACAAGAGCCUCAUUUUGUACAACUGGCUUAGUGAUAUACUUCACAUUCUCUAUUUUAAUGUUUCCUGGAUUUUGAUGGCAUGUAAAUAUGUUUAUUAUUUAAUAAAGUGAUUGAUUGUA